CUGCGGGCACCGAGUCGUCUGGCAAGACUGCGGGCACCGAGUCGUCUGGCAAACUGCGGGCACCGAGUCGUCUGGCAAACUGCGGGCAUCGAGUCGUCAAAAUGUUGGAACUUCGGCUCACCGAGUGCGACUUCUGGCAAGACUAGCGGGCAUCCGCAGUCGUCUGGCGGGACUCGGGCGGGCACCGAGUCAUCAGCAUCGGAUUGUCUGGCUCGACAGCGGGCAUCGGGUCACCAGGCAUCAGGUCAUUUGGCUUGCCAGCGGGCACCGCGUCAUCUGGCAAGGCAGUGGGCACCGGGUCACCAGUAUGACAGCCGGGCUCUGAGUCAAUUGGCACGACAGCGGGCACCCGUGAUCAGGUACCGGAUCAUCUGGAUCAACAGCGGGCAUCGAGUCAACUGGCCUAUAGGCACCGUCGAGCUG